ACUUCGCCGAAUCGCACUUUUUAACACUGCAGAAUAAUUGGACGCGCCACAACUUGCGAGGAGUUCUGUUGCUUAACAUCAAUAACAGUCACAAAGGGAAGAGAAGAAGAGAGUAAAAAAGGACUUGUAUCCAGACUGAGCAUCUUUCUCACUAUGGAGAGGGGGGUCAGAAUUUGCCCUAUCUGGCACACUAGCGUUUUUUGGUUUCUGCUUUUGAUAAUUAUAUCUUUCUUUCUAGCGGUUAAAUCAGAGAUAACUUGCAGAUCAUGUCAGCGGGGAGAUAAGGGGCGUAUUAAGGAAUUACUGCUUAAAACGGACACACGAGAAUUCGCAACAGGGUACGGAGGGGAAGUUAUUGGAAAUGGAGCCGGGGCAACUGCUCCACCGAGUUUAAAUUCUGCAAGUGCCGAAACUCGACCGCUUGAAUGCGCAUCUGGGUCUGAUGAAUGCAUCCAGGGGAAAUACAUCUACUCAAGGCGAAAACGGAAUACUGACAUGCUCCUCCAUUCCAAGACCGCACUACUUGGUGGAGGAAUGCACUACGGUAGUGGUAAACAGAGAGAAUUCACCCGGCGCGGUGAGUACAAAGUUUCCAACCUCAAAAUGAACGUUCAUGCAGGCAAGACAGAUGUCGGGAAGGCUCGCGAAGAUUUAAUUCCCGGCAUCUCACACAAGCACCGAGUUCGUAGGAACAGCCCGAGAGCUAAUAUUGGGGAUGAUAAAGUGAAGUCCUCCGGAUCACCCCAAAGAAGGGAGACGCUGCCUCUGAGUUACUCGCGAGAGGGCAUCACCUCACCGGCUGGGCGCAGCAGAGUGACACGGUCCGAAUUGCGAUGGAGCACCGAGGACAGGAGAGCGGCCAGUUCGAGGCAGGACGAACUCAAACUCACCAGUUCAACCUUCGCAUUGACCGGAGAUUCCGCUCACAACCAAGCCAUGGUGCACUGGUCUGGGCAAAAUAGCAGUGUGAUUCUCAUGCUGACCAAGCUGUUUGACUUCAACCUGAACAGUGUCACAGAGAGCUCAUUGUGGAGGUCAACCGACUACGGAACCACUUACCAGAAGCUCAAUGAGAAAGUGGGGGCGAAAACAAUUCUCAGCUACUUGUACGUCAGUCCCAACAACAAGAGAAAGAUCAUGCUUCUGACUGACCCGGAGGUGGAAAGCAGCCUGCUGAUCAGCUCCGAUGAGGGAGCAACCUAUCAGAAGUACCGCCUCAGCUUCUACAUCCUCAGCCUGCUCUUCCACCCCGAGCAGGAGGACUGGAUCCUUGCCUACAGCCACGACCAGAAGCUGUACAGCUCGGUGGAGUUCGGAAGGAGGUGGCAACUUGUCCAUGAGAGGGUGGCCCCCAAUCGAUUCUACUGGUCGAAAUCGGGUUUAGACAAAGAACCAGGCUUAGUUCACCUGGAAACCAUCAUCUCCGAAGGACAGGCGCUGUACGUCACCUGCAAACUGCAGAACUGCACCGAGGCCAAUAAAGGCAAGCCGUUCCCCGGCUACAUUGACCCCAAUUCCCUUGUGGUGCAAGACGAGUAUGUGUUUGUCCAGGUGUCAACUGGUGGGCGUCCAAUCUACUACGUGUCAGCCAAGCGGGAAGUCUUCACACCAAUGAAGUUACCCAAGUACACCUUGCCUAAGGACCUGCAUGUGAUCAGUACGGAUGAGAACCGGGUGGUUGCGGCGGUGCAGGAGUGGAACCAGAACGACACCUACAACCUGUACGUGUCAGAGACUGGAGGGGUCUUCUACACCCUGGCCCUGGAGAACGUAGUCAGCAGCAUGGGGCACGAGGGCAACGUCAUGAUAGACCUGUAUGAGGUGGCGGGUAUAAAAGGGAUGUUCCUCGCCAACAAGAAGAUGGACAACGUGGUGAAGACCUAUAUCACCUACAACAGAGGGAGAGACUGGAGGCUACUGCAGGCUCCCAUUGCUGACCUGAGGGGCAACAGCAUCCACUGUGAACUACCAUACUGUUCCCUACACCUCCACCUACAUGUGUCGGCCAACCCCUACACAUCAGGGAAUAUCGAGAGUAAGGACUCUGCACCGGGGAUCAUUGUGGCCUCAGGCUCCAUCGGAGCGGAGUUGACCACCAGCAACGUGAGCAUGUUCAUCACCUCGGAUGCCGGCAACACCUGGAGACAGAUCUUUGAUGAGGAGUACAGUGUUCUCUACCUGGACCAAGGAGGGGCUCUGGUGGCUAUAAGACACACUCCACUCCCCAUCCGACACCUAUGGAUGAGUUUCGACGAGGGGAGACAGUGGAAUAAAUACAGUUUCACCAUGUCGCCCCUGUUUGUGGACGGGUUACUAGGGGAGCCGGGGGAGGAGACUCUCAUUAUGACGAUCUUUGGCCACGUCAGUCACCGGUCAGAGUGGCAGCUGGUCAAGAUUGACUUCAGGUCCAUCUUCAACCGGAGAUGUACAGAGGGGGACUACCAGACAUGGCACCUACACAACCAGGGCGAGCCGUGCAUCAUGGGAGUGAAAAGAAUCUACAGGAAGUUGAAGCCCGUAGCCAGGUGCGUUAUGGGUAAGACGUACUCGGUGACGAUGACCUCGGCGCCCUGCGACUGCACAGAGGCCGACUUUGAGUGUGACUAUGGCUACGAGAGGCGAAGUGACGGCAAGUGCACCCCCGCCUUUUGGUUCCUCCCAUCGUCCAUGUCUAGAAGCUGUACCACAGGGACUACUUUCAUCAACAGCACUGGCUACAGGAAGGUUGUGUCCAAUAACUGCACAGCGGGAGUGAUAGCAGAGUACAUGGCCAGGAGGCAGCACUGUCCUACCCAGGCCCCCAAAGGCUUGCACCUCGUCACCAGUGAAGGAAAGCUGACAGCUACGCUGGGCACCAAUGUCACCUUCCUGGUGUUUCUUGAAGAGGGAGACGGAGCCAGGACGAGCAUCAUGGUGGACUUCGGGGACGGUCACGCUCUGACCUACUCCAACGUGAGCUCCAUAGAGGAUGGGAUCAAGCACAUCUACAAGGCUGUGGGGAUCUUCCGUGUGACCGCUACAGGAGAGAACAGCCUGGGGUCGGAGAGCGUGGUGCUCUACCUCCAUGUCACAUGUCAGCUGGAGUAUAUCCAUCUCUCCGCUCCCUUUGUGGCGGUGAAGAGUAAGGAAGUCAACCUCACCGCUGUGCUGUGGCCUAGCCAAGUGGGAACAGUCACCUACAUCUGGUGGUUCGGAAAUAACACUGAGCCGAUAAUCACCCUGGAAGGGAGUGUGGCGUGCACGUUCUCCCGGGAAGGCGUCAACACUGUCACCGUGCAGGUGUCCGCUGGGAACGGCAUCCUGCAGGACCGGAAAACCAUCGCUGUCCACGAAUAUUUCAGGUCACAUCUACUAGCCUUCUCAUCUAACCUGGAUGACCACAACCCCGACGUGGCCGAAUGGAGACUGGACGUCAGCAGAGUCAUCAAGAACUCCAUGGUUCAGGCCACGGGGAUGAGCCCGGAGCGACUCCUUGUCACUGUCCUACCAGGGUUGCCCACGGCAGCAGAGUUUUUCCUCCUGCCAGACAAAGAGUUAACGGAGGGCAAGCCGGAGAAGAACUCAGCUCAUUUAGACCAGCUCUCUGAAAUCUUGCUUAGCGCCCUCAACCAAAACCUGGUCCAGUUCACCCUUCGGCCUGGGGUCCAGGUCACAGUAUAUGCUGCACAUUUGUCAGCAGCGCCCCUAGUGGACACGAGUGAGAACCACAGCGGCUCGGCCAUGCUGAUGCUGCUGUCGGUUGUGGUUCUGGGUUUGGCGAUAUUUGUCGUCUACAAAUUCAAAAGGAAGAUCCCAGGCCUCAACGUCUAUGCACAGAUGCAGAACGAAAAAGAACAAGAAAUGAUGCCAAGUCCAGUAAGUCUGACGGAAAGCACCCUGGUGUCCCCGAACACUCCGAGGGAGCUGGUGACUUCUCCGGAGCUUAUGGACACCGAGUUGAACACACGGCCCAUCGGAUGCAUCAAACCUCACGCACAUGUCAAGUUCUCAAAUGAACUCCCCACGUACAUCAACAUUUAAAAACUCUGGACAACUCCGAAAACAGCAACUCCAUUCUGUGUCAUGGACUUUUUUAACCAUUUGAGCAGACACAAUGGUUUUGAGCUUUAUACCUGUGCAUGUUGGACUUUGCUGACACUUACUGUGCUCUGUGAAAACCAGAAGAAACUGUAUACAGGUUUUUAUUUUAUACAUAAUAUAUGUCUAUCCAAUAAAAAAUAAUUUUUGAUUAAAUGUAUUUAUACAAAGUCAAGUAUGUAACUAGAAAUGGAAAGCCAGCAUGAACUAAAGAAAAACAUACAUAAAAAACCACACUCUUUUGGUUAGCUUCCUGUAAGUGUCUUACAUCCUUUUGUGCUACUGUGUGUCGCUAACAGCGGUGGCACGCUAUUUAUUCCUAAGAAUAUACUUUAAAGUAUAUAAUUUAAUUUAAAGUCACAUUUAUUUUGUAAAUCAUGAAUGUCUAUUUGAUAUUUGUGUAUUUUAAUAACAAAUUACCAACUAAACAGAAAAACUAUAUCAAUUAUUAAUACAACCAUUUUGUUUCCGUUCGCUGUCUCAUGGAAAGCUGAUUAUGGCACAAUACACUUUUGUACUGAAAUGUUUUGUUUUUGCUUACAAUGUAAUAAGUCAAAGACAGAUACAGGGUUUGGUUGUCUCUCUUGAUUUGGUGAUUUUAUUGAACUUUUCUCUUAAUCUUUACACUACGAGCUAUAUUUAACAAGAAACACUAGUUGUAUGACACUUAGUUAUUUCUCCAAUGUAAUAGCUUGCCUGAGAACCAUGGUGCUAGCGUGCUACCAUGAUAGGGACUUCAAGAGAAGCCCAUGUAGAUUCAAUAACUUUUCAGUUCCCUCUGACACCAUGCAUUAAUUAUACCUGAUUUCAUAGAAGAGAAAUGGGCAAAAGACAGUUCUUUGGGGGGCACCAAAAUCAGUCAACGUUUUCUCAAAGUAACCUUUUUUCCUGAAAUUAUCUGAGGUCCCAAUUUGGAGGUUGCAAAAGUUAAAAUGAAAUCCAGCUGCUUUAAGAUGAAAUAUCAAGUGGAGCGUUCAGAGCGAAAAAAGAGUGGACUGCUUUUUAGGACAAGGCACACCAGGGCAUUGAAAUGGGGAGAACAGAACAGAACUGGAAGUCUAGUUGGGAAUUUAGUUAAUGCAGCCAGUCAAGCUCAAGGCUGGUUAAGGUUGGUGACACAUUUAGGCUAAUGUCCCCCAGUCUCGGCCCCGUAUUCUCCAUCUCCAUAGCUUAUUAUACCCCCUUUCAAGAACCAAAGGAAGUGGAGCGCAGACAGUACGGGAAGAUGGGGUACAUGGAUGGUUAACUUGUUUUGAGAAGCAGGGUUAGACGCAGUCGAACCCCGAAGUGCUUCACAUGUGGAAUCUGACAGACGUGAUUGUUUGAUUGAUGGAAAUUGAAUUUCGGAAGGCACUUCUUAUUGUCCUUGUCGUUCUGUAGAGACAGUUAUGGAGGGGAAAUGUUGAUAGUUUUGGAAGCUUCAUAUAACCAUUAUUCUACUGUAGCUGGACAGUGAUGCUAAAAUAUUCCAAGUGACUUGAACUAUGUAGCAUACAUCUUGUAUACACACACAUGCACACACGAACAACCACCCACCAACACACAACCUAGAAUGUAAAUCAAGAAAGAAACAGGACAAUGUUCGUGUCUAUGACCUUAGAAAAGAGAGGCCUUUUCAGAUGGAUAUGGACUGGAUACAUCAAUGUACUGUAUUGUAUGAAUUCAGAUGUAAUUUACUAACUCAUAUUGUUACAUUGCUAUCUUCCCAUAGUGUUUCAUAAGAAAGCGUCUUAGAUAUUUCAGUAUAAAAAAACAGCCCUUCCUCCAGUUUAAACAUGUAUAUUUGAGGCUGCAUGCUAGUACUUUUUUAAAUAACAAACCUGAUUUAAUCUUCUGUUAAUUUUUUGGUAUAUUUUACUUACAAAUUGACAAGAACAUAGGCUAUUUCCACUCAGAAAGACUACUAUAAAGUUGCUAUUAUUUUAUGUAUAUGAAAAACUAUGACAUUGUAGCAGCUUUUGGCUAUUGUUUUCACAAAUGACUGGUUGAACUACAGAAUAUAUAACUCCAGCAGAACAGCAGGAAACUCUAGCAAUAUGACUCUAAAUUUACUCCUGAUUAUCAUCACAUUAAAGGAUUUAAGAGACUUUUCUGAGUGAAUGGUCUCUUUAACAUAAGUCUUCGAAUAACAAGCUUUGCGUGCUCCAUGUAAGUAUUUUUACCUAUAGAACAUUGGCGGAGCUCUCAGAACCACCCCUUAGGCAAUAUUCAGCUGAGAAGGAUUCCACCGGCCCACACUGGCUCAAGUUAAGCACUUUCUGCCUUUGAAUCCUUCAGGUUCACAAAUGGAGGCGGACAGGUGAAACUUCCUUGAAGCUCCACAGGCGAGUCAUAGGGAAACUCUGGCCCGGGAUGUUAAGACAUAUUGUGAUGUCACAGGACAGGAUGUUAUAACAUACUGUCAUGUCACAGGACAGGAACCCAAGGUGUGGGCUGGGCUCUAUACGAACGACAGACUAGUUAGAGCAAGAGAUGGCAUGUCCAGUUCUGAACAGCCUGAAUGUCUUGUUUCUAAAGCAGUCCUAAUAUGGACACCGUAAACCCUUGUUUCACAUCUGAAACAAGGUCUGAUUUCUACCAGUGAAACCAGCAGUGUGGUAUCCAUUUUAGGACAGUAUCCAGGUGUGUGAAGGCAUUAAAAGGAAACCAGCAGACACUCACGCCUCACGAGGACUGGAUUUUGUUCAUCCCUAAACUAUGACUUCGCUCUCUUCCCCCCAUAGAGUUAGUGAGAUUAUUUUUGUAGACAGAGUUUUAUUACUGUAAAGCUUUUAUAUAAAAAUACAAAAGUUUAGGUGUACAAUGUUUUUUGUUUUGACCUUAACUGUGCUGUGUGUAAUUGUUUUAUGCAUUUACAAUCAUAUUUAUUAAAUGGAAAGAAAGUUGAUGUUAACAGUGCUUUCAUUUUCUUACAAUAUUUGUAAAAAAAAAUACUAUGUAUUUGCGGAAGUUAUAU